AUGCCCAGCCGCAAGACGCCGUCGCCGCGGGCCGGCGGCAGAUGGAGCGACGGCGAGACGUCGGCCCUCAUCGACGCGUGGGGUGCACUCUACCCGCGCCGCCGCCUCUUGAAGGAGUGGCGCGCCGCGGCCAGCGCCGUCAACACCCACCGCGCUGCCGCCGGCCGCUCCUCCAACCGCAGCAGCGCCCAGUGCCAGAACGGUAUCCACGCCCUCAAGUCGCAGUACAAGGAUGAGCUCUCCAGGCUCCCGCCGUCGGGGUGGCGCCACUUCAAGAGCCUCCGCGCGAUCCUGGCUAGCACCGGCGACCCGCCUCCGGCCUCCCCUGCCAGCACGCCAGCGUCCGUCGAGGAGGAGGAGGAGGAGGAAGCGGAGAGAGAUGAGGUGGUUACCAGUAGUGGGUUGACGGGGAGCAGGAUAGCCCCGACGAGGCCAAGAAAUGGGGCCGCGAGGACGAGGUUCUGCCCGGCGGCGGUGGUGACGAAACUGGCGGAGGUGUAUGAGCGCGUCGAGCUGGCGAGGUUCCACACCGAGCAGAAGAAACUGGAAACCGCGCAGGUGCCGCAACUCAGGGUAACAAAAAAUUGAAGAGUGGUAGCAACUCAGGGUAACAAAAAUAAAAAUAGUUAUGAAUAGUGUAGGC